UUCUUUGUCCGCGGUCACACUGAACGUCGGUAUUGUUGUUAAAUUUAAUCAGCGAAUUUUGGUAAAAAAAAACCCCCUGCCCUCCCAUUGGAAGUUCGCGUGUGCUGGAGGCGUUGAUAUGGCAACCAGAAGGGCGUCAGCACAUUAAUUUAGUGCCAGCCAGCAGCAACAAGCGAUGACCGUGCGCGGCAUAGAAGCAAUCAAAUUGUAUAUGCCAAAGGCAAAGGGCGACGCAACAGCCAUCAAAACAAACAUUCGCGAGGAGAGAGAUCAAGCGGUGGAAUCUGGACGCGACGCAGCCAGCACAAUGACCUCCGUGGAACGGUAUAGACUGGAGUGGACGCAGCUGCUGGCCAAUCUGGAUCAGAGCCCGGAGACACUGCGACUGGCCGCUUUCAAUGGCGACCUGAAGAUGUCCAAGUUUCGCAGCGUGUACUGGGCGCUGCUGCUGCGCGUACUCAACGCAGAGCAUAGGAACUGGCACACCCAGCGCCAGCAGCAACGCAGUAGAUAUGAGAAGUUCCGUGUGGACUAUGUGCGCAAUCCGCACGAGCUGGCCGUGCCCGACGACGACGACCCCUUGUCGCAGUCCACGAAGAGCAUCUGGAACCAGUACUUCAGCGACCAGGAGCUGUUCGCUGUGAUACGGCAGGAUGUGGUGCGCACCUUCCCCGGAGUUGACUUCUUCCGCAAGGCGCUCGUACAGAACGCGAUGGUCAACAUCCUGUUCUACUACGCCCGCGAGCAUCCCUAUAUGUGUUAUCGGCAGGGCAUGCACGAGAUACUGGCCCCCAUUAUCUUUGUGAUCUACAGCGAUCACCAGUCGCUGCUGCACUUCAGCGAGAUCGCCAAGACUGAUAUAAACGAGACCUUGCUGAACGUGCUCGAUCCCGCCUAUCUGGAGGCGGACACAUACUCCAUUUUCUCGCGUCUCAUGGCCUCCGUGGAGUCGUACUAUCGAGUAUCGAAUCUCGUUUCCACUCCUGGCGGCCACAUAGAGCAGCUAAACGAGGCCUCCAGCGAUACGGAGCAGCAAACCGAGGUGGAGGUUAUCAGCCAGCUCAACCGCAUACGGGACAAAAUACUGGCCAAGCAGGACCAGCACUUGCACCAUUAUCUGCUGAAAAUGGAGAUCCCGCUGCACAUAUUUGGGAUUCGCUGGCUACGCCUUCUGUUUGGACGCGAGUUCAUGCUGCUGGAUCUGCUGCUGCUGUGGGAUGCCAUUUUCGCGGACAGCGACCGCUUCGACUUGCCCAACUACAUUCUGGUGGCCAUGCUGGUGCACAUACGAGAUAAGCUGCUGCUCAGUGACUACACAACGUCGCUGACUUAUCUUAUGCGAUAUCCGGGCAACGUGGACGUCAAUUUGGUGCUGCGCCAUGCUCUCUUCAUGCUCAAUCCCAAGCAGUUCGACUACCCAGCGAAUGCCUUCACCUGUGUGUCCUUUACCAACAAUCUUCCUGCCCCGCCCCCAGCUGGCGGGCCAUCCUCAUCGUCGGGCGCAACGCCACGCCUCCGCACCAUCUCCGAAACGUCAUCCAGUAGCAGUCAAAUGGAUCGGCAGAUCACCUACAUGCAGCAGCGCAAUGCUGCCGAUUCCUCUGCUCUGGCCAAGCUGCAGGACGCUCACCGUGUUGCCAUGGAUGGCUACCUGGAAAAUAGCCCAGAGCUGCUGCGGCUGGAGUUGAAGAAUGCCCAGACUGUAAUCAAAAUCGCUCGAAGCAAGCUGCAAAAUUACCUGCGAACUGUGCGCCAGCACGUGGCGCCCAGGCAGGGCAAUGAAGAGCUGAGUCGCACGCUGGAUGGAAUCGAGGAGCUUUGUAGUUUUCUCGACGUGAAAUUCAUGUUUCCCCUGCACACGCGCUCGGCGCCAAUCGAUGAGGCCCUGGAGGCUAACGAGCAAAAGCAGCUGAACAAGUCCAGCACCAAGACAAAACCGGAAUUAAACAGAACCACGCCGUCGCCCUCAUCGACUCCUGCGCCUGCAGCCGUCUCCAGUGGCUACGAAAUGCCAGAGAAUGCUUUCAUGCACAGCUCGAUGCGUCGUCUGUUGGGCGAACUGCGUGAAAUUGAGCUGUCGACGAUAACAAGCGACGAGAAGCCGGGAGCGGUUGUCCAGAAUGGUCUUCCGGCGGCCGAGCCGCAGCAGCGCCACCUCCCAAUCACCGAUCGGCGGUGAUCGGAUCCCAUCGACUG